CGCUUUUGUUGUUGCAUGCCGAUUUGAAGGCAGGCCAGGUCUGCCUCAAGCCUGAGGUAACCUCGGUUUAUACGUGGGCUGCUUGGCUCAGACCUCGCUUCUCUGACUUCUUUCAAUCCACCGCACGCUUUAUACGACGCACAACGUGGGUCUAGUGUGUCAUUUUCCCCUCACCGCCCAUUGUUUUGACCUUGUCCAGAUGCAAGCCCAGCCCAACGCCGCAGUGUUCUGCGAUUUCUCGGCGCAGAGUUGGCAGACCAUGUACAAUGGUCAGGGACCAUAUGCGACGGAUGGGACCUUCCAGACGGUGGAUUCGAGCGCAGGGCCGAGUCGCGUCCUCACCCGACGUCAGCGUGCGUUGGCCCAUGAGCAUCGUCCGUACGAUAUCCAGCGUGCGACCAUGUACAUGCCAAAUUCUGCCUCUCGCCCUCAGACUCCGCCCAAUUCGGGCAUGGAGGCGAGUAUCGCUCAUCACGACUUCAAUCAAGCCCAGACAAGACGCGAGUUCACCCCUUCUGGGCUUUCUCCUCUCAGCAUGCCGCAGGGAAUGCAAUCGCCUUACAACAAUCCACUCACGCCCUCUACGACUUCUUCACCUUACACUACCUACAGUUUCUUUGGACAUUCUCGUGCCAACUCCCUUUCCGCAGCGACAAAUCGCGCAGCAUCUCCGGCGCUCAGUACUGUCUCCGCGCUGACGUCCGUGUCAUCGGCAUCAGCUCCGACCAGAGCGCCCAAUAGCACGAGCUCCUCCUCCUCCUUCGGUCUCUCUUCCACUUCUGGCUCUCCGCUCUCUGGAUCCGCGAGCACCAGCGCGUCGGCCAGUCCGCAACUCGGUCCGCUACGCCAGAAACAAAAAAAGCAGCGCCUCUUCAACAUGGAUAGAAAAGCCAUUUGUGAAUACGCUGUACGCCAUCCCACCGCUCGGCAGGAGGACAUCGCUCGUCAAUAUGGUGUUGAACGCAGCACCAUUAGCAAGAUCCUGAAGAACAAGACAAAAUGGUUAAAUGUCCCUGUCGAUGAGGAACUGAAGAUUGCCAAGCACAGGCCGUCCAAGUUUCCUGAAAUCGAAACGGAUAUGAUGGAUGUGCUGCUUGCCGCUCGGGACAACAACGCUCCCCUGACUGAUGCCUUCAUCCGGAUCAAGGCUCGCGAAGUCGCCCUGAAGUUAGGCAUCGGUGAAGACCGUUUCAAAGCCAGUGCAGGAUGGGUGGAAAAUUUCAAGCAUCGGCACGGUAUCAAGGGUGGAAUCUGGUCCGGACAUGGGCGAAAUGUUCGCGCGGCUGCCAGUCGUGGAGCUGGGCUCGAUCCCAUUCUGCUGGGAGGUCCGCUACCUGUCUCUCGUCCACGGCACUCUCCAGAUCCAAUGGAUCCAUCGACGGAGAUUCCAGCUACUGGCCCAUCCUGGCUGAUGGCGCCGGUCGAGCCUCCACCUGGUGUACAUCCUUCUUCGGCGCCUGUCUCUCAAAGUCCCAAUACACCGGAUGAGAUAGCGCCCGUUGUCGAUGCAGCCAGCUGGAUGAUGUCGAAUGCACCGCCGCCUCCGUCGCACGAUGAUCCGGGCAACCUUUCGGGAUGGUUGACGCAGUCGGAGAGCGCACAAUCUUCUGUCGACGAAGCUGCAUGGAUUUCUCCCAACCAUAACGGUGAGAUGGCAGCCGAUCAGCUGUCGUCGAACCAACACUCGGCAAAUGCACCAUGGCCCAUGCAGCAGACCACGAAUGACGACGAGCAGCCCCCCUCGAAGGCCCACGCCAAUCUGGCUUUCAACUUUGUCACGGAUUAUCUGAGGCAAUGCGGGCAGGAACUUGAUCCUCAGCUAGCCGCUGCGGUGUCUACAGCCAUCUCCCGAGGGGGGAACUGAACCUGCGACUAAAAAGAGCAACAGAGUUGCCUCGGUGUUCAUUUCGACACGUUCUUUCUGCAUGCAUUUCUCUCCCGCUUUCGAUCUCACCACAUCAUGCAUCCUCAUCACAUAACGCUCUAUCCUCAUGCAUCUCCUUGCUGUCAUCUCAUCGUUAUCAUCCCAUCUGUCGCAUAUUUAGUGUGUGUAGUCUGCCAAGGACGCUUUGUGUUUUGGAGAGCCGAUCCAACGCCUGUUCCGAUCCAUCUAAAUGUACAACAAAUUCGACUUGACUUGCAACGUUACGCUACCGUGAGUAGACGGAAUAGUCGGCGCUUUCAUACAUCUCUGCGUCCUGAAUUCCAUUUCCCGUGCUUUCUUCCAUCUGGGCGUCCGGAGCCACUAAGCUGUUGGCCAUGUGCUGCAGCUCCGCCUCGCCGGCCCGCACCUGCGUGUAGACCCGGCGCAUCUCCGUGGCUUGUUCGCCGGCUUCCUCGUACGAGGAACUGUACUGGCGCAAGCCCUCGAUGAUAUUCGACACCUCCGGUCGGCCGAGCCGAGCCAAGAGAUUCCCUGACUGGAUACAGCUAGCGAGCAUCACUGCAGGGUCCAGUCUCUGCACCCGGAAUUCAGUAUGCAGCAAACAGACCAUAAAAAGGAAGAUGAUCCACCAGAUAGCCAUUCGAAGUCAACACCGCGGCCUGUCCCAUGCUCAGACACGCUGCUGAAAUCGAUCAACGGGGACUCACAAGACCGGCUAUCCGCAGGGCUCCGUGUAAAGCCUCCUCUGCAACCUUGCGCUUGACCAUAUCUAUUUGCGCAUGAUUGGGGACCAUGGUAACGGGCUGGUUCAUCCGUGUGACCUCAUUGAUCUCCUUGAUUCCGAAGUCGUCGAGCGCCAUGAAGAGGAUAACCCACAUCACGUGGUACGUCGCAUCGCUGGCACACGAGGACACGGCCGACACGAAGUCCCAUUCACCUUCAAAGUUGCUGGGUACUCCCACUAUCGCCAGGAAAUCGUCGCGCCACGUGCUGAGAGCAGAUGUUAGCAUGUAGAGCACCUCAAACGGGACCCCGUCCGAUUCUGUUGACGGUCGCCAGAGAUUACGAGAAAUCUGACGGGCCGUGCGGGCGAGAGAGUGCGCAGCACGAUAGUAGCCCUGCGACCACAGUCAGUGGCGAUAACGUGCUUCUGUGCAUGGCAUACUAGAAACUAGAAGACGCUCAGAAGAGAAACCCGAUCAAUAGUUUUAUAGGUACCUCGAGCUGCUCCCUAGGAUCUGUGCGAGAGUCGCCACCUUCCGCGUUGAUAGGAUCCACAGUGUAAAAGUCAAUGUCGUAAUCAUCGUCGUCCAGGACAGGCUUGUGGCGAUAGAAUACAGACCCAUAGGCGUCCGCUGGACUAGAAGGUCAGGGCAUCUUUGACAGAAACACCAGCACACACCGAUGCAGGCCAUCCAAAACGCAAAGAUCAUGGUGCCUCGGGCGUCGGGA